AUGUCUGCCUUGAAUCGCAAUCGUAUUGCUCUCGAAAUCCAGGGUACCAAGGGUGAGGAGUAUUAUGGCCAGAUCUGCGCACUAAGCCAGAGAAGAGAGAAUGAAAACUUGAAGACCUAUUUUAAUGAACACCAGAAGCUUAUUGGACUCUUAGAUGCUGCCCUAAACCCGCCUCAGGCCAAACUUCAACUUGGGAGCUUCGGCACGCCAGAGCUGCAUUUUAGCCAACAUAUUUGCAGCAACACAUCAGGCAAGAUAGAAUUGGCCGCGUAUCAGAUCCUGACUGUCAACAACUGGGUCAUUACCGUUUGCUUGCAGGUCUUCGAUGGACAGGCUAGCCGUGAUAAACCCUUCAACAAGGAUGCUGCGGAUGCGGCUGCUACUGCCACCCAACUGGAAGAGAUUAAGAAAUCCCAGGGCGUUCAUAAACUCGAUCUUACCAUCAGAAAAGGGCAGGAGGAGGCUCUUACUGUAGCAGAAAGGAGUCUUCCGCAGCAGGCGGAAAGAAACAGACCCCUCUCAUGUCCAGCGACUACUCUACCCAACGUUUGUGUUGUGUUCUUGUUCAUAUGUCUCGAUGUCUUGAUGACACUCCCAAAGGGUCAAUGGACCACGCUUGUUGAGUCCCGCUCAUAUUUGCCUCAUCCUGGGGAUGGCACCAAGAAGAUCAGUUUGGCAGACUGGGGAGUGUCAAAGUAUGAUAUGAAGACUAGACUUAUGGCAAUUAUGGAUAAUUGGGCGGAAGACAACCAAGAGCCGGCUUUGUGGGUCCCGGCGUUCAGAUCCGUCUUCCUGUGGCCAAACCUCUGGUGUACUCGGCUUCAACCGCUUUUCGUAUCCAAAGUUACGCCUAAACCAGCAACGCUGCUCAGCUCACACAUCUACAAGAAGUCCGGAACGGAACCGUUCCCCUUUUGGCCAAUACGGGCGAACUCGGCCAUCCAGAAAACUGGCUGGUCUUCUGCAAAGUUGUCAAACAAAGACUACCCAGCGGUGAUUGACCUGAAUAUGGCGGGAACCUGGCCGAGCCUGCAGGGGGCAAUACAAAGCCUGUUGGCAUCACAAGGCCUAUAUCCCUGA